CCCUCACAAUCCCACUCACCUUUCCCCUCAGGACCCCCCUGAGGUUCCCCCUGGCCUUUCCCCUCACGUUUCCCCUCAGGACCCCCCUGCCCUUUCCCCUGACGCCCCCCCCCAGGACCCCUCCUCCGGGGCUGACCCGGAUGCAGUUGCGCUUUCCCGCCAGCUGCGGGAGCUGCUGCGCACGCGCCCCGCGGGGCUCUCCCUCUUCCAGCUGCGCGCCGCUUACAGCGCCGCCUACCGCCGCCCCUUACCCAUAGGCAGCGCCGCCUCCGCCCGUCUGCGCCUGCGCCAACUGCCCGGAGCUCCUCUGCGCCUGCGCGGCUGCGGCGUGCAGAUGCGCGUGCUGCCCCCUGGCGGCGCGGAGGACUCGGAGGAGCAGGGGGACAUGGCGGGGGGCUGGCAGGGGGAGGGGACCCCCCGGGCGGCGUCGCCCACCCGCGACAGGACCCCCCCGGCGACACCCAGGGUGGGGGGCACCCGGGAGGGGUCCCCCAGAGUGUCCCCAAACCCUGCGGCGACCCCCAGAGUGUCCCCAACCCCUGUCACCCCCCGCGUCGGGACCCCCUCAGUGUCCCCAAUUCCUGACACCCGCCAUCUUGGGACCCCCAAAAUGUCCCCAGCUUCUGUCACCCCCCACGUGGGGACCCCCAGAGUGUCCCCAAACGCUGUCGCGACCCCCAGAGUGUCCUCACCCCCUGUCACCCCCCGCGUCGUGACCCCCUCAGUGUCCCCAAAUCCUGACACCCCCCAUCUUGGGACCCCCAAAAUGUCCCCAGCUUCUGUCACCCCCCACGUGGGGACCCCCAGAGUGUCCCCAAAUGCUGUCGCGACCCCCAAAGUUUACCCCAAAAAUAAGCAAUAA